UUUCGCCACUAUCUGCAUUCUGGUGUUCUUUUUUGAUUAUAAUCUUUCGCAAAUACGUAAUUUUCAUUGAUGUUUUUCAGAUUGCAUGUUCGCUUAUCUUGCGCAAUGCAUUAAAGUUUAUCAAAUUUAUGAAUCCUGGUUCUGUAAUCUGUUGACUGUGACUCUGUGAGAUGUGGUGACUUGAAAUUGUUGUACAUGCAAGUUACAGUUAUAUGUUUUAACUGAAUUUUUUACAAAGUGGCUGAAAAUCUGCUGGCGUUAAGUACGAGUACUUUAACUUGCAUGAAUGUAGCCUUUCGAGAGAGUUCAUUAUUAUCAUUUUGUAUUUCUGUAAUCACUUAUCAUCUGUGGCCUUUUGUGUAUGCAGUAUGCUUAUCGUCCUUAUUACGACAUGCCGUAAUGGUUUAUCACUGGCCGAGUUGGUUGGUUGACAUGUAGCCAGUAGCAGACGAAGGGCUAAUUGAUGACGGAGAUGUGAAAGUCUUGAUCCGUGCGCCCCUGUUUUUCCUCUGCCCCACGACGGAACGGGUUCGUUCCAUCAUGGGCCUGUUUGGAAGGAGCGCAUCCGAUUCCCUUCUGCCAUUCUACCAGAAUGGCAAAAGCAAGGGUCCCUCCGUUGGAGCCAGUGCGAGCUUCUUCGGUUCACGGCGCGGAUCGCGACUGUGCGAGCGAUGCCUUAUUUUGAUGUUUUUUACAUUUUUUAUCGCCAUUUUUAUCAGCACAAUUCUGUACUUGCCCGAUAUCUCUACCAAAGUGCACUCCGUGGGAAAGGAGUUUCUCAUUCCGGAACGGCCUGUGGAAAAUGAUAUCGCUAUGCAGAUUAAGAAGCCUCGACAUAACUUUGUGAUACCUGCCGAUUUUACGGGCGCGUCAGCGCCGAAGAAAACUCUCAGCCGCAACAAAAUCCAGUCGGAACUGGAUGGAAAAUUGCACGAUAAAGGGAAGGAUGUGGAGCAGACGGAUCAGGACGGCGAAAAGCGAUCCGCCAACAAUGAGACUGAAAAACGCAGGCAGCUGAUAAUUAAGAUGAUGGUCCAUGCAUGGUCCAAUUAUGUUAAAUAUGCUUGGGGUGCCAAUGAGCUCCGUCCCGUCACGAAACGCGGCCACAAUCCGUCCAUUUUCGGUAAAGCCAAAUUCGGAGCGACGAUUGUCGACGCGACGGACACGCUGUACAUGAUGGGACUACGGAAGGAGUACCAACAAGCCCGCGAGUGGAUAGCGCAGAAUCUUAACGUUUCCGCUAGUGAAGGAGAAGUAUCGGUAUUCGAAUUCAACAUUCGGUAUAUCGGCGGAUUGUUGUCAUCGUAUGCUUUGACUGGUGACAAGAUGUUUCUGACCAAGGCAGAUGAGAUGGCAACAGCCGUACUGCCAGCUUUUGAAACACCUACAGGAAUCCCUUAUGCUAUAUUGGACUUGAAACGAAAAACAAUGAAAAAUUACGGUUGGGCCAGCGGUGGAGCAUCCAUUCUUGCUGAAUUUGGAAGUUUGCAUUUGGAGUUUGAAUACCUCGCUGAAAUGACAGGAAAAUCGAUAUAUCUUGAAAAGGUUCAGCGCAUUCGUAACCAUUUACAGUCUAUCGACAAGCCCAAAGGCUUGUACCCGAAUUAUCUAAAUCCGCAGACCGGGAAGUGGGGCCAGAUGCAUGUAUCGAUGGGAGCGUUGGGUGACAGUUUCUAUGAGUAUCUCUUUAAGACUUGGAUAUGGAGCGGAAAAAAUGAUACGCAAGCCAAAGAAAUGUAUGAUACAGCCAUGGAGUUUGUGGUCAAACAUCUUCUUCAAACAUCGAAGAGUGGGCUGAAGUAUUGGGGUGACUGGAUGACCAACCGCAUCGAACACAAAAUGGAUCAUUUGGCUUGCUUUUCCGGUGGUCUUUUUGGUUUGUCUGCCAAGUAUGCCAAGGAUCCUGACCAGUAUCUAACGCUGGGGAAGGAAAUAACACGAACUUGUCACGAGACGUAUACACGAACGCCGACUAAACUGGGCCCGGAAUCGUUCCGGUUCUCGGACGCCGCUGAAGCUAUGGCUACGCGAGCUAAUGAGAAAACUUACUUGCUGAGACCGGAAACGUUUGAGUCAUAUUUUAUUCUGUGGCGAGUUACCAAGGAUCCCAUGUAUCGCGAGUGGGGCUGGGAAGCCGCUCAGGCUAUCGAAUCAUAUUGCCGUGCAGAAUAUGGUUACUCUGGUGUAAAAGAUGUCUACCAGGAAUCUCCGAUACCGGAUGAUGUACAGCAAAGCUAUUUCCUGGCGGAGACAUUGAAAUAUUUAUUUUUGUUGUUUUCCGAUGAUGAUGCUUUGGAUUUGGAUAAAUGGGUACUCAACACAGAGGCGCAUCCGAUUCCUGUGAAGCGCACGACGCGGUUUAAAAAUCAUCCAUGAGUUUGGCAUCCGGUUUGGACUGUUUAUGGAAAUGAAUAAGUAUUUGGCAGGGAAAGUUUACGUGAUACAUACUCUUUUCUUCGGUAAUCUGAGUGUGAACAAUUCAUGCGCCGGUGGAGAUGUUUUGCAGUAGGGUGAAUCCCAAAGUUUACGAUAUAUUUCAGAGGAUUUACAUGUGCUCUUGAAGUCGCUGGGUCUGUAAAUUUUUUAUAAAGUUUUAGAAGUCACUUGAACUGUUUCUGUCAGAUGGGUGCUGCGUUGACAAUAAUGAUGCAGGAUGUCUGUUGACUGAAUAAAGCCUUCAAAUGA